ACAUUUUGGAAAAAAGCAGGUAUCAUAAGACCCUUUAAGUUAAAACGUAUCAAGAAAUAAUUGUAGUCCUCUGUCGCUUUAAAUCCUCUUGUGGGUGUGACCGGCCGAGAAGAAACUAGCUAGUGUGUACGUGGGGCAGUUCGCAUCACUCUAUACACGGAACACACAGACAACCUUUGGGGGGUGAAAAUGACGAAAAUAACGACUGUCAAAACCAAGCCUUACACCGAUCAAAAGCCCGGAACCAGCGGGCUCAGAAAAAGAGUAACCGUAUUUCAAAAAAAUGAGAAUUACGCUGAAAAUUUCAUCCAGAGUAUUAUUUCAACCAUUGACCCCGCUGAACGACAGGAAGGCACGUUAGUGGUGGGAGGAGAUGGGCGAUUCUACAUGAAAGAAGCUAUCCAGCUCAUCAUCCAAAUUGCUGCAGCAAACGGGAUUGGUCGUUUGGUAAUUGGACAAAAUGGGAUCCUUUCCACCCCAGCAGUGUCCUGUAUUAUUAGGAAAAUCAAAGCCAUUGGAGGCAUUAUUCUGACAGCCAGCCACAACCCAGGUGGACCCAAUGGAGACUUUGGUAUUAAAUUCAACAUUUCCAAUGGAGGCCCAGCUCCAGAAGCUGUCACGGACAAAAUCUUCCAGAUUAGUAAAACUAUUGAAGAGUAUGCCAUCUGCCCUGACCUGAAGGUUGAUCUAACCACCAUUGGGAAGCAGCAGUUUGACCUCGAAAACAAGUUCAAACCCUUUACAGUGGAAAUCAUUGACUCUGUCGAAUCCUAUGCUAACAUGCUGAGGAACAUUUUCGACUUUGCAGCUCUGAAAGAGCUACUUUCGGGUCAGAAUCAGCUCAAGAUCCGGAUAGAUGCCAUGCAUGGAGUUGUGGGACCGUAUGUGAAGAAAAUCCUUUGUGAGGAGCUGGGUUCUCCGGCCAACUCGGCUGUCAACUGUGUCCCCCUGGAGGACUUCGGUGGCCACCACCCUGACCCCAAUCUGACCUAUGCAGCUGACCUUGUAGAGACCAUGAAGGGGGGCGAAUAUGACUUUGGUGCUGCUUUUGAUGGAGAUGGUGAUCGUAAUAUGGUUCUUGGGAAGCACGGCUUUUUUGUGAAUCCCUCCGAUUCUGUGGCUGUGAUUGCUGCCAAUAUUUUCAGUAUUCCUUACUUCCAGCACACUGGAGUGAGGGGCUUCGCCCGGAGUAUGCCAACCAGUGGAGCCCUGGACAACGUCGCAAAAGCUACCAAAAUCACGCUAUACGAGACUCCCACUGGUUGGAAGUUUUUUGGAAACUUGAUGGAUGCGAACAAGUUGUCUCUCUGUGGAGAGGAGAGUUUUGGAACUGGCUCUGACCAUAUCCGAGAGAAGGAUGGGCUGUGGGCAGUGCUCGCUUGGCUGUCCAUCAUUGCCGCACGAAAGCAGAGCGUGGAGGACAUCCUGAAGGAGCACUGGCAGAAAUACGGGAGGAAUUUCUUCACCAGAUAUGACUAUGAGGAAGUAGACUCUGACAGUGCCAGUAAGAUGAUGAAGGACCUGGAGGCCAUGAUGCUCGACCGGGCCUUCAUUGGUCAGAAGUUCUCUGUGGGAGACAAGACCUACACCGUGGAGAGAGCGGAUAACUUUGAGUACAGUGACUCUGUGGAUGGAAGCAUCUCUAGAAACCAGGGUCUGAGAAUCAUUUUCUCAGAUGGCUCUCGGGUCAUUUUCCGCCUCAGUGGAACAGGCAGUGCUGGGGCUACCGUCAGGCUCUACAUUGACAGCUAUGAGAAGGACCCCCAGAAGAUAUACCAGGACCCACAGGUCAUGCUGGCUCCCUUGGUAACCAUAGCACUCAAGAUUUCUCAGCUUCAUGAGAAGACUGGACGUACAGGCCCCACUGUCAUCACAUGAGCCGUUCCAAGAUGGAGGACAUAUAGCCUUGCAAAGAUAAGAAAGUGCUAGAAAAAGAUUGUCUCUUUACCUAGAGUCUAGUCUUCCAAAUAUGCAGGAUUCAUGGCCGAUGGAAAAAUAGAAAAAAAAUUAAUAAAAAUGAAUAAAAUUCAACUCAAAAUGUA